GAGACCAUCCUGGGCUGCCUGCUGUACCGGCAGGGGCGGCACGAAGAGGCCAGCGGCAAGUUUGCCGGCGCCAUGCAAGUGCUGGGUUACUGCCCUGAGCUGUCCUACAACAUGGCGCUGUGCUGCUACGCGGCCAAGCAGUAUGCCCCUGCCCUCAAACACAUCUCUGAUAUCAUAGAGCGCGGCAUCCACCAGCACCCAGAGCUCAGCGUGGGCAUGACCACUGAGGGCAUCGACGUCCGCAGCGUAGGCAACACCCUGCUCCUGCACCGCACGGCCCUGGUGGAGGCCUUCAACCUCAAGGCCGCCAUUGAGUACCAGCUGCGCAACCUGAAAGCAGCCCAGGAGGCGCUCACAGAUAUGCCGCCGAGGGCUGAAGAGGAGUUGGAUCCAGUCACGCUGCACAACCAAGCACUAAUGAACAUGGACAGCCAGCCCACGGAAGGGUUUGAGAAAUUGCAGUUUCUUCUGCUGCAGAACCCCUGUCCGCCAGAAACUUUUGGAAACUUGCUACUCCUCUAUUGCAAGCAUCAGUACUACGACCUGGCAGCUGAUGUGCUGGCAGAGAACGCCCAUCUGACCUACAAACUGCUCACACCUUACUUGUACAACUUCUUGGAUGCCAUUAUCACAUGUCAGACUGCCCCUGAGGAGGCGUUCCACAAGCUAGAUGAUUCAGCAGGGACACUGACUGAGCAGCUGAGAAAGCUCACAAAGCAGGUACAGGAAGCUAGGCAAAAUUGGGAUGAUGAAGCUGUGAAAAAGGCGGUUAAUGAGUAUGAUGAGACUCUGGAUAAAUAUGUACCUGUCUUGAUGGCUCAGGCAAAGAUCUACUGGGACAUGAAGAACUACACAAUGGUAGAGAAGAUUUUCCGCAAGUCAGUGGAGUUCUGUAACGAACAUGAGGUGUGGAAGCUCAAUGUGGCUCACGUGCUCUUCAUGCAAGAGAACAAGUAUAAAGAGGCUAUUAGCUUCUAUGAGCCAAUAGUUAAAAAGCACUACGACAACAUUCUCCAUGUCAGUGCCAUUGUGUUAGCUAACCUCUGCGUUUCCUACAUCCUGACAAGCCAGAACGAAGACGCAGAGGAACUGAUGAGGAAGAUCGAGAAGGGAGAAGAGCAGUUGUCCUAUAACAAUCCUGAUCAAAAUAUCUACCAUCUUUGCAUUGUCAAUCUAGUCAUUGGUACCCUCUACUGUGUGAAGGGAAACUACGACUUUGGUAUUUCAAGGGUCAUUAAAAGCCUGGAGCCAUACAACAAAAAACUGAGCACUGAUACAUGGUAUUACGCCAAACGGUGUUUCCUGUCCUUGCUGGAGAACAUGUCCAAGCACAUGAUCAUGCUACGUGACAGUGUUAUUCAAGAGUGCAUUCAGUUUCUGAAGCAAUGUGAGCUGUAUGGAAGAAACAUCCCAGCUGUCAUUGAGCAACCCCUUGAAGAGAAGAGGAUGCACAGUGGGAAAAAUACAGUUACCUACGAAGCCAGGCUUUUGAGGGCACUGAUGUAUAAGAUCAUUGGGUGGACUGGGUAAAUGGUGUUCUCGUACAGUGGAAAUGACAACUUUGUGUCUGUUCUUUUUUUACCUGGUGGUCCAGGGUGGUAUGGGUUUUUCUCGAUUGCUUACCUUUAAAGAUUUUGUCCUGUAUUUUAACAACAUGCAGUGGAAAGCAGAAUAUUUGCAUGAAAUUAACAUGCACCAAAUAACUAGGGGCAUUCUCAGUAAUCCGUCAUGUUAAAUACACCUUAAGAUGUGUUGCCCAAGAACGUCAUUACAGAAAUAUCAUAGAGUUUUUCACCUAUAAAAUAUUUUAUCCUUCUGAAAUUUUGACCAAGUUUCUUUUCAUUGGUUGACAGUUGAAAAUAAUUUGUUUUCCAUCUCUUCUAGCACAGAAAUUGAAGAAAUAGCUGUUCUAAUUCUCUGAUUUGUUCCUGUGUGUGAAAUGUUUCUUUCUUCUGCUUUUUCCAAGGUAUUUUUAAUAUGUUACAGACCAUGUUGAUAGUAUAUUUGAACACAAAAAAUGGCUUUAUAAU